AUGAUAUUGACGUUUGCUCAACCCAGCUACGAUGGUCUCCUCGAUAUCACCCACGGAUCCACUGGUGUCACCGUCACCGGCUCCAAAUUGUACGAUCAUUACAAGGGCUCCCUUGUUGGCCACUCCGAUAGCAACGCCUCUGAGGACACAAAGAUCACCGUGACCUACGCCAAUAACUAUUUCUCUAACAUCAACUCGCGCACUCCCUCUUUCCGCUUCGGCCAUGGUCACCUUUUCAACAACGUCUUUGAGAACAACAACGACGGUAUCAACACUCGUGUUGGCGCUGAGCUCCUUGUUGAGAACAAUGUCUGGACCGGUACCAAUAAGAAGCCUCUCUACUCCACCACCGGUGGCUUAGCCGUGGCUCGUGGUAACGACUUCGGAGGAGGAUCCAACACAGCCCCAACGGGUUCCUUCACCUCUGCCCCCUACUCUUACCCCCUCACCUCUACAUCCAGUGUUGUCAGCUCUGUUCGCAGCAGCGCUGGUGCCACCCUCAGCUUGUAA